UUACUAGCAUUUUAUUUUGUGACAAAAUAUUUGAUUUAUAAUUCCAUCCACUCUGCUGUCACCGAAUCUCCUUCAUUUAGGUGUGUCGCAGAAGGUCUCCAUAUCUUUCCCGAUGGCUGCGCGAGCCCUAUUGACCAGAAAAACCCUAGCAUCGGUGCUCCGCAAUGACGCGAGGCCUCUCGGAGUAGGCGCAGCGGUGGCUACUCAUUCCCGCGGUUUGCAUGUUUACACGCUACCUGAUCUGGACUACGACUAUGGCGCACUGGAGCCAGCCAUCAGCGGUGAAAUCAUGCAGCUCCACCACCAGAAGCACCAUCAGACUUACAUCACCAACUACAACAAGGCUCUUGAGCAGCUCCAAGAUGCCGUUGCCAAGGCCGAUUCCUCUGCCGUCGUUAAGCUCCAGGCCGCCAUCAAGUUCAACGGCGGAGGUCAUAUCAACCAUUCUAUUUUCUGGAAAAAUCUAGCUCCUGUUCGUGAAGGAGGUGGUGAACCACCGAAGGGUCCACUGGGAUGGGCUAUUGACACGCAUUUUGGCUCUUUUGAAGCAUUGAUACAAAAAGUUAAUGCAGAAGGUGCAGCACUGCAGGGGUCUGGUUGGGUGUGGCUUGGUCUGGACAAAGAGUUGAAGAGGCUUGUAGUUGAAACCACUGCCAACCAGGACCCACUGGUUACCAAGGGACCAAAUUUGGUUCCGUUGCUUGGCAUUGAUGUUUGGGAGCAUGCGUACUACUUACAGUACAAGAAUGUUAGACCAGAUUAUCUGAAGAACAUUUGGAAAGUUAUUAAUUGGAAAUAUGCUAAUGAUGUGUAUGAGAAAGAGAGCUCUUAGUCUGAAAGUGCUGAAUUAUAUGGUACCUGAGAUGACAGAUUUCCAGCAAGGUGAGAAAAGUGGAAUAAAAUGAUGUAAUGUAGAAGAUAACACUAACUAUUUAUACAGUUGUGACAAAGAACCUCGAGCUUUUAUGGCUGCAUUGCUCAUGUCUUAUGGAUUUUCUGAUGCUCUGUUAAGGUGAUAUUUGUGUCCGUCGAUGUAUAUUUUUUGCUUCUUGGGUGUGAUCCUUUUUGUCGAAUAAGUAGUAUAAUUAUGAAAUCCAAGCCCCGUAUUAUUUGUUGGGUGAA